UUAGUGUCACUUUAACUUGUACCACAGGCUGAGCACUAACAGCUUUCUGUCAGCAAUUGUCAUAUAAACAAUUUUCAUAUUUGUCUUUUAGGUUUAUUGAGAACAACAAAAUAAAAUCCAUUUCAAGAAAUGCUUUUCGUGGACUGAAGUCUUUGAUUCACCUGAGCCUGGCCAAUAACAAUUUGCAGUCUCUUCCUAAAGAUGUCUUCAAAGGCCUGGAUUCACUGACCAAUGUAGACCUAAGAGGAAAUGCCUUCCAUUGUGACUGCAAAUUGAAAUGGCUGGUAGAAUGGCUGGAUAAAACCAAUGCCACGGUGGAACAAAUUUAUUGUGAAAGCCCACCCGAAUACAAAGGAAGAAAAAUCAACAGCCUGUCUGCUAAAGACUUUGACUGUAUAACCACAGAGUUUGCAAUGUACAAAUCUCUGCCGUAUCAGUCUCUGUCUGUGGACACCUUCACUUAUAUGAAUGAUGAGUAUGUUGUCAUCGCUCAGCCCUUCACAGGGAAAUGUGUUUUUCUGGAAUGGGACCAUGUUGAGAUGUCAUUCAGAAACUAUGACAACAUCACUGGCACUUCAACUGUUGUCUGCAAGCCCAUAGUGAUUGAGAAGCAGCUCUAUGUCAUUGUAGCCCAGUUGUUUGGGGGCUCUCACAUUUACAAAAGAGAUAUCUUUGCCAAUAAAUUUAUCAAGAUCCAAGACAUUGAGGUCAUCAAGAUUCGGAAACCCAAUGAUAUUGAGACAUUCAGGGUAGACGACAACUGGUAUUUUGUGGUUGCAGAUAGCUCAAAAGCAGGUUGUACAACCAUCUACAAGUGGAAUGGCAAUGGAUUUUACUCCCACCAGUCUGUCCACAUGUGGUAUCGAGACACCGAUGUGGAGUAUGUAGAGAUUGCCAACAAGCCCCACCUGAUCCUGUCUAGCAGCUCCCAGCGUCCUAUUAUUUAUCAGUGGAAUAAGAAGUACAACAACUUCUCAAAGCAAGCAGAGAUUCCAGAUACAGAGGAUGUGUAUGCUGUCAAACACUUUUCUAACAAGGAUGAUGUCUACCUUUGUCUCACAAGGUUCAUUGGGGAUUCACGGGUUAUCAAAUGGGAAGGGGGAGCCAUGAUUACCGAAAUACAAAGGAUGCCCUCUCGUGGAUCUAUGGUUUUCCAGCCAUUACAAAUUGGUGACCACAAAUAUGCCAUCUUGGGCAGUGAUUAUUCCUUCACCCAGGUAUUCCACUGGGAUAACGAGAAAGGGAAGUUUGUCAAAUUCCAAGAGCUGAAUAUCCAGGCUCCCAGGUCCUUCACGCAUGUGUCCAUUGAAAAAAAACACAGUUUCCUGUUCGCUUCAAGUUUUAAGGGAUCUACACAAAUAUACGAACAUGUAAUUAUUGACUUGAGCGCAUGA